GAGACCAUGGAGUCCCCUUCUCUGCUUCUCUGCAAAGGGCUCCUGCUCACAGCCUCACUUUUAGCUUGCUGGACCUCACCCACCAAGGCGCUAAGAACUACUAAAGAAAUUCGGUUCUCUGCUGCCAAAGGAGCCAGGGUUCUUCUCUCUGUUCCUAGCCAGGCAGUGAACCUUCUCUCCUUUCACUGGUACAAAGGGAAAGAUGCAAACGAAGAUUUUACAAUUGCCCAUUAUGAAAAGGCCAAGGGUUCACUUAAACUUGGGAAUCAAAUCAGCGGCAGGGAAGAAAUAUAUAUGGAUGGAUCCAUGCUGCUCCAGAAUGUCACCCAGGAAGACACCGGGAUCUACACCCUAGAAAUCUUUGGAUCAGAUGACCUCUAUGAAAUAACAUAUGUCCACCUUCAAGUGUACACAAUUGUGACACAGCCCUACUUGCAACUCAACCACACUACAGUAAAGAGACGAAAGAAUGUUUCAAUUUUCACCUGUGUGACACCAGACACUGGAGUUGACAUCAAUUGGUUCUUCAAUUACAAGCCCCUCAAUUUAACAGAGAGGACCACUCUGUCAUCUGAAAAGCACAAGCUCACCAUCAAUCCUGUCUGGAGGGCAGACGCAGGGAUCUAUCAGUGUGAGGUCUCCAACUCCUUCAGCUCCAGGAGGAGUAACCCACUGCUCUUUGUGGUGGCUUAUGGCUAA